AUGUGGCGCGCGUAUCGCGUGGCUGCGCUUCGCCACCUCCGGAAUGAGGCUGCUCGAGUUUCAAUUGUUCGUGUACCGCUCAAUCUUUCGCUGCAGCGAUAUGGUGCCAACAGGUACUUCACGAGCAUCGCCGGCGUGGAUCGCGACUUGCUGCUCACCCGCUCUGCGCGCGAAUUGCGCGAUGAGUUGGGCGAGUCCAAGAUCGGAAACGUGGCCAAGGCGCUCACGCAUGAGCUGGAUGACGCUAUUGCGCGCGAGGAAGUGACCAGCGCCGAGGUCAUCGACCUGUUCACGGCGGCCCAGAAGACGCGCGCCAUAUCCGUGAUGCUGAAAGCCUUCAGUUUUCUAGAAGCCAACUUUCCUGCUCACAUCAACUUUGCAGUGUAUGGUGAAGUGUUUCGUGUCCUGGUUCGCAAGAACAACCCCGAUCGCCUGAUUCAGAUCUACGAGACAUCAAAGCCACGCUUCAGCGCGGUUCCUGAAAUGAUCUACCGCUUCGGAAUCAUUGGGUAUUUGCAAAAGAAUGACAUGGAAGCGGCCGUCGAUACUUGGCAAGAAAUGCUGAAUGCCGGCCAUGAAACGACCAACGAAAUUACGUCACGACUGAUGAUGGCGUACGCGCGCCAUGGACAGGCGGAGAAAGUGCUGGAGCUGUUCGAGUCUAUCGAUCCACAGAUUGGCCAUUGGCAUGAGUCAUGCAUUGACCGAGUUAUACUCAGCAUGGGCAUUAUUGAGCAGCCUGCGAAGGCCUUCGAAUUCUACAGCAACUCGAGCAUGAAGUUGAACGGUGGCACGCUGAUGGCUCUCCUCAGCGUCUGCAAUAACAACAAUUGCAAGCAACAGGCUUCGGACAUUUUGGCGAACCGCAAGAAGUUUGAUUUGCGCCUUGACGCGCGCGGCUACAACCGCAUCAUGAUGACACUAGAAUUUCUAGAGCGCAACGACGAGAUCAAGGACGUCUUGGAGGAAAUGGUUGAGAAUGGAGUUCGUUUUGACACUCGAACGAACACCAUUAUUGAGCGCAACGCCCAGUUUUUAAAGGACACGAAAUACGUUGCUAAUUACAGCAAGAGCAAGGCUGCAGGAUUCACGAUUAGUCCGCGCAUUCGAGAGAUGCUUGCGCAAGGGCAAUUGAGUGAAGCUGCAACUUACGUAGACUCCAUUGUAAUGCCCGUGGACGAGUCACAAAUACCAGACGAUUUUGACGGCAAAGUUCCUGAAGGGGCACUGGUUGUGAGCUCCAAUACGGCACGGGAUGUCGUGCAAACGUACAUUAAGACUGGACAACUUGACAAAGUGGCCGCUUUGGUCAAAGGAUUCUCCGUAGUCCGUGGCAAGUACACGUUUGCUUUGGCUGAAGUCAUUACUCACUGUCUAAAGUUGAACGCCAAGACAGGGGAUGAGCUUAGCUAUGCUGCCAGUAAGGCUUUGCUUUACCAAGGAAUCCGCAUUCACCGCGUGAAUGACGCGCUAAUGUUAUUCCGUCGUUUUCACGACCCUGAAGCAGCCCUUGAGCUCUUUGACCAAGUACUGGCUUCGUAUUGUGGUAGGGAUGGCAACAAUGCGCGGCUGCCUGCUGGAGACGAAGAUGAGAAUGAUGAUGAGUUCGAAAGAAAACCACACUACGUGAAUUUCAACAUUGGCAAGGUGAUCAACUUGCUUUUACGGACGCUGGUGGAAAACGGCAGGAUGGCAGAUGCUCUGGAUGUACUGAAGACGAUGGAAAGUCGGGGGCUGCAGGCCACACAAGCUAAUUACGUCACAAUUCUAAGCUCGAUGCACAAGUGUUUGCUGCAGUCGAACAAUGGUACCGAAAAGCAGAAGGCGGCCUAUGAUAUUUCCAGUUUUCAGGCAGUGCUGAAGGACCUCAUGGACCGUGAUAUGAAAGUGAGUAAGGCUGUCGUGGGCUAUUUGUGCCCUGCGUACAAAGACGCAAACAAGCAGCAGCGUUUGGAACUACUGGAGGCUUUUGAUGAGGCCAUGACUAAUCCGAAUGACAGCUACGUCUUGCCGCACUUGUGCUAUGCAACACUCUUGGCGUUUACUGCACAAGAGGGUACUAUGUCGCAGCUGAAGAAGCUGUACGACGAAGCUGUGAAUUCCCUGGACAAAAAAGAAGCUUUGGGCGUGCCACGCAGCUGGGUGACUGUUUUAGUCGAGAAGCUCGUUGAUGAUGGUGACGUGGAAGAAGCCGAGCAGCUUGUAAAAGAGAUGUGUAUGGUGUGUGGUGGAUACACGUUUGGAGCUAUACUAGCAGUACUGAAGGGAGCUCUGGAAACCCAGAAGCUGGAUGUCGUUGAAAGCAUGGUGGCGCUCUUGGAAGAACGAGAGUUCAUUGUGAGGUUAUCUGACGCGUACGAGCUAGUCCAUUUGGCCCGGAAGCACGACCUGUCGCUGAAGGCACUGGAUAUCAUUCGACUCUUUGAAAAGAACAACUUGAAGGACGUACCGCCUCGAGCGGAUGGCUCUGGAACUCUGGAAGAGGCCUACUUCCGACGCCAGCGCGGCGAUCUCCAUGCGUUCCGAAAGGUGAAGACCAUGUACAGUGUGGCUCUCAAGGCAUGCGAGAAGAGCGGACUCUGGAAACAGGCGCUUGUGCUGCAGGACCAGAUGACGACACUGCUAGGCAAGGAGGCCAUGGACGCGACCGCCGCGAAUGGGACGCCCAAGGAGAAGCAGUCGAACUACGAAUAG